AUGACCUCUCCCUAUCUGAAAUUUGAAGUUGAGGGAGGACAACGUACAACAGCAGAUGCAUCCAAGAGCAUGGAGAUGCUCAAUUUGAUCCAAUACGGCCCAUUCCUUAGCCCAUCCGGCCCAAUUCUCCACCCCUACAAAAACCCACCAGAAAUACCCAUUGAAUUCAUCUCCUUAAAAUGGCCCUCUGUUUCUCUCCGACCAGCGUGCUCCAGAACCAGGGUUGGCCUCGCCCGCACGCAAAUCUCUCUCCUCUCCACCAAUCUAGUUAUUCCCUUUUCACCUCAUCCCCACUGCUUGUCGCCGUCGAAUCUCAAUCCGCGGCGGAGCCGGUGCAGCUCAGCUAGUCCCCGCCGUCCGCCGCCGCCGGAAUCUGAGCUACCCCCAACAGAAGGUCCAGAAGCAACUUUUGCUAGGUUGAAAGAUGCAGUGCAGAUCUUCCUUGCCGUUCUAUUCUGGAUGUCCUUAUUCUUUUGGGCUUCAGCAUGGGAUGGAAGAAAUGAUGAUGAUAGACCAAACAAGGGAUCUCGAUUUAGAAGAUGACUUACUAAGGAUUUUGCUAUGUAUGUUAACAAAACAGAGAACUGAGAAGCAGUAUUAUUGGAAAUAUUAUGAUUUUUUUUUUAUGUUUGGGGAUUAAUUUUAGAUAUUCCCUCAUCUCUUGAUCCAUUUUUUGUACAAACUUUUGUUAAAGAUUUGUGAUAGCCUGGUUGGACAAGGUUGAAGAUGUCACCUUGGAGGAAUAAAUGGAGAACAUGCGAUACAUGGAAACCAAGAAUUGAGAAAUUGAUGAACAGACGGAAGACAAACAAAUGGUUGAUGCCGGAGGUACUGAAUUGGUCCAGAUUCCAUAAAAGGAUCCAGACUAUUGUUUAGUCUUGACAAACAAGCAAGAUACUGGAACUGAUGAGCUUCUUGAGCAAGAAUUGUUUUCAAGUAACUGAAUUCAAGAAAGUAAUGAGGAAGCCAGCUGAGAUUGAGGAUGAUCUGCACAUCGUCAAACAACUCCCUUCCGUUUUUAGCUAAACAUGGCCAGUAGUUCUAUCAUAACAAUGCUGAAGUCUCUUUUGCCUCUUCAAUGUCGUGGUUCCUGGGGUGUAAUGUAACUUUGUUCCUGGGAGUCAUCGAAUUUUUUUUGGGUUCAAAUUACUUAUGGAUCCUAUGGUAGUUGUGUUACCCUAGUGGAGAGCAUUGUAAUUUGAAAUU